ACGAAGGAGGCGCCGCGAUGAAGGUGGCCGUCGACUUCGAGGAGUGCCUCAAGGACUCGCCCCGCUUCAGGGCUGCUCUGGAAGAGGUAGAAGGAGACGUGACAGAAUUGGAGCUGAAGCUGGAGAAGCUGGUGAAGCUCUGCAUUGCAAUGAUUGACACGGGAAAAGCCUUCUGUGUGGCGAACAAGCAGUUUAUGAACGGCAUCCAAGACCUUGCCCAGUAUUCUAGUCAAGAUGCUCUGGUGGAGACCAGCCUGACGAAGUUCUCCGACAGCCUUCACGAGAUGGUCAAUUAUCAUACCAUCCUGUUUGACCAAACGCAAAGAUCAAUUAAAAUGCAGCUUCAAACAUUCGUUAAAGAAGAUAUUAGAAAGUUUAAAGACGCGAAGAAGCAGUUUGAGAAAGUCAGUGAGGAGAAAGAGAACGCGCUAGCCAAGAACGCACAGGUCCCUCGAACCAAGCAGCACGAAGUCGAGGAAGCCACCCAUAUUCUGACUGCCACCCGGAAGUGCUUCCGCCACAUUGCCCUCGACUACGUUCUUCAGAUCAACGUUCUUCAGUCGAAGAGGAGAUCCGAGAUCCUAAAAUCAAUGUUGUCCUUCAUGUAUGCCCACCUGGCCUUCUUUCAUCAAGGUUAUGACCUUUUCAGCGAACUGGGGCCCUACAUGAAAGACCUUGGAGCUCAGCUGGACCGUCUGGCAGCGGAUUCUGCAAGGGAGAAGAGGGAGAUGGAGCAUAAGCACUCCACCAUUCAGCAAAAGGAUUUCUCCAACGAUGAGACGAAGCUUGAAUACAACGUCGACGCGGCCAAUGGUAUUGUCAUGGAAGGAUACCUCUUCAAACGAGCCAGCAACGCCUUCAAGACCUGGAACAGGCGCUGGUUCUCUAUACAGAAUAAUCAGCUGGUGUACCAGAAGAAGUUUAAGGAUAACCCCACCGUAGUUGUCGAAGAUCUGCGGCUCUGCACAGUGAAGCCCUGCGAGGACAUCGAGAGGCGCUUCUGUUUCGAGGUGGUCUCUCCGACAAAAAGCUGCAUCCUGCAGGCUGAUUCGGAAAAGCUGCGGCAGGCGUGGAUUCAGGCGGUGCAGGCCAGCAUCGCCACCGCCUACCGGGAGAAGGGGGACGAGUCCGAAAAGGUGGAGCGAAAGCCAGCCCCGUCGGCGGGGAGCCCUGAAUUUGGCGCCGAGACCAGAGAGAAGUUGCUGAAAGGGGAGAGCUCCCUCCAGAGGGUCCAGAGCAUCGCCGGCAACGCUGUCUGCUGUGACUGUGGCCUAGCAGACCCGCGGUGGGCCAGCAUCAACCUGGGCAUCACCUUGUGCAUCGAGUGCUCGGGCAUUCACAGGAGCCUGGGGGUCCAUUUUUCCAAAGUCCGGUCCUUAACCCUCGAUUCGUGGGAGCCGGAGCUUCUCAAGCUCAUGUGUGAAUUGGGGAAUGACGUCAUAAACAGGGUGUACGAAGCACGGAAUGAAAAAAUGGGAGUGAAGAAGCCCCACCCUGGAAGCCAGAGGCAGGAGAAGGAAGCCUACGUCCGGGCAAAGUACGUGGACCGGAGGUUUGUGGAAAGAGGCCCCUCCUCCUCGGAAAGUCCGGCAGUGAAAGCUCCUCCUCCGAGCCAAGAAGUGAAACGGCACAGCGGCCCCGAAAAGCCCCCAGGGGCCAAUGAGACUCUGGCUGAGUCUCCUAAAGUGCGAAGCAACGACAGCGGAUUCCAGCACAGCGCAGAGGAAAGCAGGGAGCAUUUGGCCUCCACUGUAUCCGCAAAUACCUUGUACGAGCCAGAAGGUGAGAAGCAGGAAGCCGUCACGGCUGGUCACUCCAGAGAGUCCGCCACAGGGCUGUGGCUCUACCAGGCCUCCUACGAGAAGAACCUCCCUCAGAUGGCGGAGGCCCUGGCCCACGGGGCAGCAGUGAACUGGGUCAAUGAGGCAGAGGGCAGAUCCACGCCUCUGAUCCAGGCAGUCCGUGGGGGCUCUCUGGUCAGCUGCGAGUUCCUGCUCCAGAAUGGCGCCAACGUGAACCUCAGGGAUGCCCAAGGCAGAGGGCCUCUGCACCAUGCCACGGUUCUGGGGCACACAGGGCAAGUGUGCCUCUUCCUGAAACGAGGUGCCAAUCAGCAUGCCACUGACGAGGAAGGGAAAGACCCCCUGAGUGUCGCAUUAGAAGCAGCCAGCGCAGAUAUUGUGACGCUGUUGCGUUUAGCGAGGAUGAACGAAGAGAUGCGGGAAUCAGAAGGACUCUACGGCCAGCCAGGAGACGAAACCUACCAGGACAUAUUUCGUGACUUUUCGCAAAUGGCAUCCAACAAUCCCGAGAAGCUGAAACGCUUUCAGCCGCCGGACGCAGGGAAGCCCUGA